UUACAAUCCGUCUCACACUAGCCCCAUAAAACACCCAAGAAGAAGAAGUCUCACACAGAUUGCCUUGUUUACCUAGUGAUUGCUGACCUAAUGAUUAAAGGGUUUGUGAGCUCGUAGGCCGUCACAGCCCUUCAAGAACAACAGCAGUUUCAUCAGUAAAAGGUUAGAAAGGUAAACUCAUGUGGGGAGAAUUUGAAGAGGAUAAAAUAGAAGAGAAAGAAACAUGCUUCCAAAUAAAGCCAACCUCAGAGGAAGCCCAGGGAUCACAGGAAGAAAGCAAAACACCAGAGGACACCACCACAAAGGAAGAUGACACCUAUGUGUUGCCACUCAGGGAUCGGUUAGUGAAUUUCUUGGCAGCCAGCAGCAUUGAAGUGAAAAGUCAGCAAAGAUAUGAACCUGAUCUCACAUAUGAAGAAAGAAAAGAAAUAAUUGAAAACCUUUUGGAAGAGAAACCUGGACAAUUUUUGUACAGGUUUGGAAAACACUUGGAGCAAGAACACUUGCAUUAUUUCCAGAAAUAUGAAGGUGAUGUGGAAGUGGACUAUUUCCUGGCUGAAGCACUGAAGUAUAAAAAUAAGCACACUGCAAAGAUAACUGUUCGGAACAGAAGAUAUGCUGCCCUCCAAAAAAUGCGACGCUCUGGAGAUUACUUCAGUGAACAAGAGAUGGAGCGCCGAGACCCACUCCUGUAUGACUAUCUUAUUGGUCAGCACCAGACUGAGGAGGAGAGGGAGGAAAAACAUCAGGCUGCUAAUACUACUGAGACCAAGUUUUCUUCUCUACUGCUACAUCACAUUGAUAACCGUGAGCACAAAGAACUGAAGAAACAAAAAAAAGAUCAAGAAGAUGACAUGUUUGAGGAAGAGGAUACUGAUGAAGAAGACGAAUAUGAUGAAGAUGUAGAGAUGGAUUCUGCUGUUGAUUCCAGGGAGAAGCAGAUGUUCAAGGAGGAAUUCUACUCAGCAGGAUACAAUAAUUUUCUAAGAGGACAGAAUAAAGAUUUUGACUACAAGGAAGUGGACAACAAUGAUGCCUAUGAUCUACUAGACAUCAGAGCACGAGAUGAAGAAGAGAGAUAUUUUGACGAUGAAGAAGAAGUAGCAUGUAAUGACAUGGAGUAUGGAGAAGAGAAUGAGAGCUGAUAUGAAUGGCCAUAUAAUGCUUGUACAUAAUUCUAAGGAACCAGAGUUAUAGGACAAGUGAAUCUUGAACAAGAAAAUAAGCAGUACUAAUUUGACAUGCCAAAACUAAAAUGUAAAAUAUUUGAGAUGGACUAAUAGAUUGAGACAAAAAGUUAAAUGUA